AUGUAGCGCUGUUAUAAAAAUGACAGUUUACAUCAUGGUGAUUUUAUAAGAAUUGUCAACAUUAAUCAAUCAUAAACAUGUCUCAUAAGGGAACAAUUAAAAAGAGUUUAACAGCUAAGGAUGGACAAGAAUCAAAUAUUAAAUUUAAAUCCAAAAGUUCAUCAUCUCAUAAAGAAGUAGAAAACUUUGAACAAUUAGAUUUAAAAUUGAUAAGAAUGUCACAAACUCUUCAAAGAAAAAAGAGUGAUGAAUAUUCAAGAUUAACACAUAAUUUACAAUCAAACAAAAGCAGUACAAAACAAUCUAUUAAAUCUGCUAAAAUUAUUCCUGUUAAGGAAAGUUUAUCUUUAACAUCAAAACUAAAUGUUAAUAGUCCUAGACCAUCAAAAAGUAUUUUAACAUCAAAAACAUCAAUUGAUUCUACAAAAAAAAUCAAUAAUAAUAUAAAAAGUAGUAAAAGCAGUACUGGAAGAAUAAAAAGCAAUUAUUCAGAAAAGAGAGGAUUAAGUACAAUAUAUGUGCCACAAUCAUUUUCAAGCAAGCUUAAUGUUAAAUUAUUGGAUAAAAGUCCUAGUUCUACAUCAAAAGACAAAGAACAAAUUAAAACACAUACAAGUACCCCAGAAGUAACUGAAUCAAAAUUAAAAUCAAGAGAACGUAAAUUGUCUAGAACAUUAAGUCCUAGUGAAAUAAAAAUGUUACAUUCUGCUAAAAAUAGAUCAGAUUCAUUACAAAAAAUGGAUCAAAAUAAAGAAGAGCAAGCAGAUUAUGAAUAUGAUUAUGAAGAUGAUUUUGAAGAUUAUGAGUCUGAUUUUCAAGAAUGUACAGAUAGUGAAUCAUCUGAAGUUAGUGAAGAAACAAAUAAUUAUAAUUUAUCAUUAGAUCCAAUUGAAUUACAUACUACAAAACAACGCAAAAUUGUGAACAGUACUGAAAAUACAAAAGAAGAAGAACAUAUGCAUGAUUCUGGUCACUAUGAACUUACAGAAGCAAGAAAAAGAGCAGCAAGAAUAGAAUUAAUUACAAAUGAUCCAAAAUUAUCUUCUCUUCUUGAAAUAAAACAACCAGUUAAUAAAUCAUAUAGUGAAGAUAAAUCAGAAAAUAAAUCAUUACCAUUAUCUACUGAUGAAGGAUUUGAAGAUAGUCGUUCUGGUGAUUUUACAAAAUCGCCAUCAAUCUCACAAAUUUCAUUUAUUGAUUUCCAUAAAGUCAAAGAAAAAAAAAAACAAAGGUAAUAAAUUAAUUUCGAAUUAAUUAAAUUUUUCAUUAAUAAUUUUAUCUAUUAUCAUUUCCAGAAAUCCAAAAGAGCUUUAAGUAGAGGUGAAGAACUUUUAGAAAUGAUAAAAUUAGAUGUUAUGGAGUGGUCUCUUUUGGAAUGUUUACCUAUACCAUAUGAAGAAUUUAUUAGAAACUAUGGAAAAUUAAAUACUCAACAAAUAUCAACACAAACUGGUGAAGAUAAUAUUGAUAUAGAAAUACAAACGGAGAAAAUUAUAUUUAAAAAUAAGUGGACUCAAUUCCCUAUAACUUGUAGAAAUAAUAUACAAACCAAGGAAGAUUUAGACUUGUUUCGUAUGGAUCAAAUUGGAACUGGCAGCGAUAAUGAUGUAGAAACUGUGAAUUCUUUAUCAUUACAAUCUUUUGAUAUAUUACGAUUAAAUGAUUUUAUAAAUCGCGCAGGAAAAGUAAUAUUAUCAUUACUGGAAGAAAGACGAUCGGGUGGUAAUGUAUUUAAAAAUGAAAAAGAAGUACCAUUCAGUGAUGGUAUUGUCAAACUUUGUAUAAAUUCUGUAACAUUUCUGGCUGGUAGAACAGUAACAAUAAUUCAUUAUUCUGAAAUCCUAAAUAAAAUUUUAUUGACUAUUCAUUCUCCAGUUGAAGAAGAAAUUGAAACAUCCAGCAAACAAGAUUAUAUAACUGAUUGUUGUAUUGGAUGUGUCUGGAAUAUUUCUGAACCAUCUAGACCAAUUAAAUUAUUUUAUUCUACCUGUCCUAUUACUGCAUGUUGUUUCCAUUCGGCAAAUUAUAAUAUUAUAUUUGGUGGAUUGCAAGAUGGAUCAAUAUGUCUCUGGGAUUUAAAAGAAGAUGAAAUGUGGCAUCAUAAAAUUACAGAUAAAACCAAUAAUUUAGAUUGGAUAAUACGAAUACCUACAUAUACAACAGCAACAAAUAUUGAUAUAAAUAUUCAUACUACACAAAUCGUUGCAGUAUGUGUAUUAUCUAAAAUUGAAGAAAAGUUUGAUACAUUGAUACAACAUAACAAUAAAUUUAUACCAAUACAGAUAUGUAGCUUAAAUGAAAAUGGUACUCUUAUUAUAUGGAGUGUUUUGCAUAAUAUGGGCAAAAAUAUUGAGGAUUUAGGACUAUCAUUUUGGGGUACUAUAAAACUUGUUAAAAGUCAAGAAUUAUUUUUACAAUCUAAUCAUAAGAAAAAGAUCAAUGCAGCUACUUUCAUUGAUAUGCACGUGGAUUGUAUUAAUAGUAACAAUUUUUAUAUUGCUACUAAUAGUAACAAUAUUUUGCAUGGUACUUGUAUUGGUAAAAAAACUAAUCCUGCUAUAUACACAAAAUUGGAUACUAGUGCCUGUGGAAAUGUAACUUAUAUAGAAAAUUGUCCAUUUGGUUAUUCAUUUUUUCUGGUUAGCUGUGAUGAUGGAACAAUUCGGUUACACUCUUUAAAUACUGAAAAACCAAUUUUACAAUUAAAAGAUGAAGAUAGUACAUAUAUGAUUAAAUCAAUACAAUGGUCACGAUCGAAACCAUUCACAUUUUUUGUAUUAGAUAAUAAAUCAUGCAUACAUAUAUGGGACUUAAGUAAUAGUGAUAUAUAUCCAACAUAUAAAAUAAAUAUGCAAAAAAGUGGAAAUAUAAAAAGUAUGCAAUUAUCAUAUUGUAAAACAAAACGAGAUAUGUCUCAUCAAUAUUUGGCAUUUGGUAUAGAAUCUGGAGACAUAGAAAUACACAAAUUAAAAACAAGUUUUUAUCAUUCAAAAAAAGAAGAUUAUUUAGAAGAAUUAAAUACUUUUAUGCGAUAUAUUGCAAUUUUAUAAUUAAGAUAAAGUCAUUAAUAGAAACUAUUCAAAAAAAUUGAAACUUUUUUAUAUUCUCAGUGAAUCAAAACAAAAUAUCAUGGAUACCAUGGAUAUAUAAUAUUUGUAUUUUUCAAGAAAACUGUAUAUUCAAAAAUAAUAAGAACAAUCUUAUCAUUAUUUUAAAAACAUUUUGUUAAUGAAAAUGUUAACAGAUUAAACAUAAUUUAUACAAAACUAUUAUUAUUUAUUAAGCAAUUAUUUAUUAAUUAUUAUUAUUUAUGAAACUAUCUACAAAUUAUAUACAAUUGAUAAUUUUAUAAUAUAAAGAAAUAUUUAAAUAAUAUAAUCUUAAUGAAGAAUAAUGUAGUUUAUAAUUAACAGUAGUUAAUAAUAAUAAUUUUUAUUAUUUAUUAUUUUUUUUUAUUAUAAUAAAAUUUUAUCAAAAUAUGAAUAUAUACACAAUAACAGUAGAUAUGAUAUUUAUGCUUAAGCAAUUUAUAACAACAGAACAAAAAAUAUAUAUAUAAAGAUCAUGUUAUAAAGAGAAUUCAAACUUUUUACACCAUUACAAUAAACUUGUUUAACGACAUCGUUAAUAAUAUCAGAAUAACUCAUUGCUCGUUGAAUUUGAUGAACUUCUAACUGUAGAUGUUGUGUUCCUUCCUA